AAGCGGGCCACCGCUCCGGCCCAGCCCUGUUUCUGCCCUGCCUGUGUCCUCGCUUUUGUUCUUGUCGCUAUCACUCUGCCCCAGUCCCUGUCCCCAUCCUGUCCCUGUCUGCAUCCUGUCCCCGUCGUUGCCUCUGCCCAGCCUACAGACUCGCCAGAGGGGCUGCGGGUGGGGUUCUCCCCACGCGGUCCGCGGGAUGCGGGCGGGAGAGAGGAGGCUUUGGGGGAGGGCACGGCGGUAGGACCCCCGUCCCUGAGGAAUCUGGAAAGGAGUGAGGAGUCUGUCCCCUCCUGUCGGGCGGGACAGAAGAUGGCUCUGGCCCAGGACCGGACGGCGGGAAGCAGGAGGAAGGCGAGGAGGGUGUCAACGCGGCUCCUCCCCGCCCCCUCGCCCAGGAAGGAGAGGAGACCCGGCGGCGGCUUCCGUGGCUUUGCUUGUCGUUUGCGCGCCUUCUGGCUCCUGCACAGGCCUCGUUGUCUCCUCCGUUUACCUGGAAAUAGGAGUUGGAAGGCUGCACCUUCCCUUCCUCCCAGCCCUGCCUCCUUCUGCAGAGCGGAGCUCAAUAGAACUUUGUUGUUUUGCCUUUUACUCUGCGGGGAGAGAAGCAGACGAUGAGGAGAAAAUAAUGAAUGUCAAAGGAAAAGUGAUUCUGUCAAUGCUGGUUGUCUCCACUGUGAUUGUUGUGUUUUGGGAAUAUAUCCACAGCCCAGAAGGCUCUUUCUUUUGGAUAUAUCAUUCAAAAGGAGAAAACCAAGAUUCAGAGAGGGAAAAGGUCCCAUCACGGUCGUACUACCAAAACCCAGAAGUUGGUAACAGCAUAAGUCAGAAGCACUGGUGGUUUCCGAGCUGGUUUAACAAUGGGACCCACAUUUACCAAGAAGUGGAGGACACAGAUGAAGAUGAACGAGAGGAAAACAACGGAGAGCUUCAGCUAUCAGACUGGUUUAACCCACAGAAACGUCCAGAGGUGGUGACGGUGACCGGAUGGAAGGCACCGGUCGUGUGGGAAGGCACUUACAACAGCACCAUCCUAGAAAAUUAUUAUGCCAAACAGAAAAUUACCGUGGGUUUGACAGUUUUUGCUGUUGGAAGAUACAUUGAGCAUUACUUGGAGGAGUUCUUAGUAUCUGCCAAUAGGUACUUCAUGGUUGGCCACAAAGUCAUAUUUUACAUCAUGGUGGACGACGUCUCCAGGAUACCCUUGAUAGAGCUGGGUCCUCUGCGUUCCUUCAAAGUGUUUGAGAUCAAGCCUGAGAAGAGGUGGCAGGACAUCAGCAUGAUGCGUAUGAAAACCAUUGGGGAGCACAUUGUGGCCCACAUCCAACAUGAAGUGGACUUCCUCUUCUGCAUGGACGUGGACCAGGUCUUCCAAGAUAGCUUUGGAGUGGAGACGCUCGGCCACUCGGUGGCUCAGCUGCAGGCCUGGUGGUACAAGGCAGACCCCGACGAGUUUACCUACGAGAGGCGGAAGGAGUCUGCAGCCUACAUUCCAUUCGGCCAAGGGGAUUUUUAUUACCACGCAGCUAUCUUUGGAGGCACACCCAUUCAGGUCCUAAACAUCACCCAGGAGUGCUUCAAGGGAAUCCUCCAGGACAAGAAAAAUGACAUAGAAGCCGAGUGGCAUGAUGAAAGCCACCUAAAUAAGUAUUUCCUUCUCAACAAACCCACUAAAAUCUUAUCCCCAGAAUACUGCUGGGAUUAUCACAUAGGCCUGCCUUCGGAUAUUAAGACUGUCAAGAUAUCUUGGCAGACAAAAGAGUAUAAUUUGGUUAGAAAUAAUAUCUGACUUUAAACUGUGCUGGUAGGCUUCUGAAUUUGAGAGAGUAUGAUUCUGGCAACUUUCUCAGAAGAGUAACACUUAACUUUUAAACAAUACUAACAAAACACCAACACUGCAAAUACUUACUCUUCUUCCUUGUAACUUUGAACUUCACUGUAUGGGAGAAUGAACCUAUGGUAAUCAGGUGUAAAUUCCCAGUAAUUUCUUAUUUAUGCUGGGUUUGGGGGAAAUACAAAAAAAUUUUUUUUUUUUUUUUUUUACACAGGCAAAGAAAAAGCCAGAAACCCUCUGCACAUGCCAGAUAACAUACUGGGAAAAAAAGGUGCUAAGGAAGUGUUUAGCCACAAGAUACAAUUGUGAGGGGUCAGCUCCUCAACUUCAGUGUCCUUGCUGAGUUGCUCAGCAGCAGAAUCUGAGGAAGGACAUAGUCAGUCCCCGCUGGCAAUCCUUGGAUGGUUUCAGGAGCAGACUGCUUCAGGCCAUUGGCUGUCCAUGUUCUUUUCCCAUAAGGAAAAUGUCAUUUGGCUUCUGUACAGAAGAUUGCUGGAGAAUUCCCAGUGGAUAGCAUGGUGGUGAAGGUUUGGAAUCCCAGGAUAUGUGAAUGAGCCAAUGGGGGCUCAGCAUGGAGUUUAAACAGACUCAUAGUGAGUUUUCCGUGAAGUGGCAGAGGGUGGGAAAAGAGGCUGGUCACUGUAGGCCACCUCUGAGGGGCACAGGGCAUGGGGUUGGUGCUUAAACACAGCACGGAUCCAGGCGCUGUGUGGGAGGCUGUGUGGGAGGCCCUGCGGGCCAUCUCCAGCCUCCUCAGACCCACAACGACAGGUCUGAGGCAAUGCGGUGGCCUUGCAUGGAGAUGCUUCUCUUUUGGCCCAAGUCACAUUCAGUCUGCUAGACUCUGCUGCUUGUGUCCUCAGUUCUGUAGCUAGAGCUUUGAAGUAGAUGGUGACAGAGUAGGCAAAGGCCCACAGUGGACUAAAGAGGCUGGCAAAGAGUUCAACUUCCCAAACCUGGGCUGCAUGACAGCUAGUCAUCAACAUGCCCGGCCUCCGCCUGCUCGAACCCUCAGGGCCCCCCAGCCCAUCAUGCCCCAGAGUGGAGGGCUGACAUCCAGGAGUAGACCAGAUUGGAAAAACCCUCCCAUCAAGCAACCUCUUGUUUUCCCCUGCCCCAUCUUCACUAAAGCAGUGUAACAACCAGAAUAACAACAGUGAAUAAAAUCUGCUUCAUAUCAGAAGCAGAGGGGAUGGCAGUGGGAGACCUCAUCCUCGUGACUGAACAGCUUAACAUGCAGUCCCCUUCUCUAAGAGAAGCUCUGAAAUCCUACAUAUUAUUUAAAGUUAAGUGAUUCAGUGUCAAGGAAGUUGGGAGGCAACAUCUACAUAGGCAGGAAUAUUUAUAGUUGGCAUGUAUUCCAGUUUAGGUCAUUGUGUUUCCAUUUUUAAGUAAUGGAUUUGAAGAACCACUGCCCUGGCUCCGUGGUGGGCACAGCGGGCUUAUGUGAUCCAAAUAAAACCCACAUUUUUUUUUUUCCUACCAUUUCACUGUGCCUCCUACUCUUCAGUCCUUGCCAAAAAAAUCUCACAACCCGGCAAAACCAAACCAAAUCGACAAAGUCCUAAAGAAGCGGACUUCGUGAAAGAAAAUGAAGGCCACACGUCAGGGUGCUGCCUCUCUCCAGGAUUCAAGUUUUCCAGGAUCCCUUCUGGAGUAGGGACAGUUGAGCAUUUACGUUCUACACCAAAGAAAUGCCCUAUCUUAAAAGAUUAGGGGAAGGGAAUCUUGAUUUCCUUUUGUUUGUUUAAGUUUAAAUUUAAACAUUAAAAAAAAUAAUAAAAUUCCUGGUUCACAGUUGAAUAAAUUAUUUUCACAGUA